CCCUCAUCAUGCUCUCAAUUUCAGAUGCAGCUGUAGCUGGAGGUGUGCAGAAUUCUUAUCAGAUAUACUGGAGAGGGUAUAAAUAUUGGACAGACUGAAGCUAAUUCAUCAGUACUCAGCUCUGGAGCCAUGGCACUGUUUGGAAAAGUGUUGGAGCCAGUGGGCUACAUGCAGACUGUGAGGGUCCUGGUGCAGGGCAUCUGCUCCUACCUGGGCGGCAGUGCCACAGCAGAGGAGACUGAAGUAGCCAAGAAAGACCUGGACCAAAUCGAUCAGGAGCUGGGAGCAUCAGGCAAUGGCCUGCUGGACGACCAGGAGGUCCACAGGCUGGAGGAUGACCUGGCUGUGGUCUACUACCAGCUGGGCACUGCGGUGAGAGCCCAGUCAGACUUCACCAAGAAGGAGACGGAGGUGUUCCUCCAGUAUGUGAAGGACUACCGACUGGAGAGGCAGCUGACGGCGCUCUACAACCGGCUGAUGGGUGUGUCGGCGCUGACUGAUCAGCCCACACUGCUGGAGGAGCUCAUACUUAACCGCAAACCCAAACGCUGGGAGCUGAGGGAGUUCUGUGUCAAGAUUAACUUUGUCUUGGGCACUGGUCUGCUGUGCCUCUUCACGCAGGCUUCUCUGACAGGCAGAGACCAGCCUUUGCUGAUGAAGACCUGGUCCGACCGAAUGGGUGCCCUCUACAGAAAGAUGAAGAACACAGGAUGCCGUUGCUUAGGCUACUUCCUGGAGCAGGCGGAAGAGGAUGUGCGGCAGCAGCUAAAUGAGGCCGUGCAGAACCGCCAACCUCCUGAGGAGGCAGCAGCAUGCAUCCUGAAGACCCUGGAAAAGAACUACGAUUGGCUGCGCUGGGCAGUCAUGCUCCACCCCGCACCAGGCCCGAAGGAGGAUGAGAAGGAUGAGGAAACACAGGAAGAAAAGGAGGGCAUUCCAGCUGAACAGCAACUCAACAAUUUCCUGUCCAUCACGUCUGAAGCACCAAUCCCCCAUGUGGUGGCAUGCUACCGUGACACACCCACCUCACUGGACAAGAGCCGUAUCCACCAACUCAUCGUGGACCUGGAGUGGAAGAUCCCCAACCCGCCGCCGGAGGUGUACGCUGCCAUCGAAGAAGACCCGGGCAGGGCACAGCGCUAUCUGGCCACACGCAUGCUGAAGAAGCUGCAAGAGGGGCUGGGGUCUGCUGUGGCCGUCCAUGUGGUGCCAGGCAGGAUGGAGAUGAAGUGCAACUUCCCUCCAGCCUCAUACUACCUCUAUGAGUACAAACACCGGCUGGCCUCGGGCACCGUGUGUGUGUUUGGAUAGAAAAGAGAGGGAGGCAGAU